GCUUUUUGGGCAGCCCUUGGUUAUCUGAUGCUAGGCUAGGCAGCGGCUGGCAUUAAAGAACCUUGUUACAUCGAUCGCGACCAGUCUGAAUCCCCCAUACACACGGCCAUACAAAUGGCUCCUCAGAUGCCUGAGCGGGAGCUUGCCUGUCUACUGCAGGCCUUGGAGGAUCUCAGGGGGGCAGCCCCGGUUCUAGGCGAAGCGGAGGACUACCAAUUUGCGCGCGCUGGUCUCGACACCACAUUAUCUCCGCUCGCACUGCGUAUGCUGGAAGCGUUCGAGGACUAUACGUUGCCGCCACCUGUUGUCGCCGCGGCCUCGCGCGCCUCCUGUGACAUCGAGCGCUUUCCCGAGGACGUGCUCGGGGCGCUCCUAGCGUUCGUCGACCUGCCCAUGCGGUUCACCUGCGUCGUAGCGAGUCGCACCCUUCGCGACGCGUGCAUGCGCCUCUCGCCGCGGCUUGAACAUGACCUCUUAUUGAAACGCUUUCCGCUGCUCACCGGCCUACCGGUCACCGGUACAUCGCUCGCCGGCGUACCGGCGCCGGGGGAGCUCUUCCGCAUGUAUCAAGACAAGUUUAACGGCGAGCGUUUUGAGUCCCAGCAACCGUGGCCCUCUAUCUCCCUCGUCGAGUACACGCUGGCGGGAGUUCCAGCGUAUUAUACGCUGGCGCUGGAACUCCGGUUGCGGGAAGCGGAAGGGCCUUGGGAAAGCGCAUAUGUUGGCAGUAGGGUAAUCUCUCCACAGGGUGCGGAUGGGGCCCUAGGUGUUGGCGCGAGCUUUAGCAUACCAGAGGGUUUGUAUGAGCGCGCUCUUGACCACCCGCACGUCCGGUUCAGCGCAAAUGUGAUGGUCUCGCGCAGAAACCAGACUGGGCGAGUACGAUUUGCAAGGAUAUAUUCUGGUGUGAUCGAUCACAUUUCUGGCCAUGGAAUCGAUUUCGAGAUCGAUAAUAUGCCUUAUGCUCCUGUGAGCGAGAAUAAAGCGUUGCAUUUCAUUAGAUACAGGGCCGAUCAUACUCAUAAUUGGAUGGACCCAACUCUCCGUGUCCGUUGGGAGCCGAUACACGGGGCUGCCGGGGCUUCCGAACUUCUUGUGAGCUUUAAGUGGAUCACGGCAGAUUUCGACGAGAACAUGUCAGAGAGAGACGUCGCCAACUGCCUCGAGCAUUACGUCGACUGGUCCGAGUAAACAGAAUAAUAUCCAUAGGAAAAA